AUGGCGGACGUCGAGUCGCGCGGCGGCGACGAGUCCACGCCGCUCAUCGCCGGCAAGUCCGCCAACCGCGGGGGAUCGGCGUCGGCGUCGACGAGGGACGCGCACCUCGACAACUGCAAGUUUUGGCUCAUGUGCGCGGUGGUGUUCAACCACGCGUUCCAGGAUUUCUUCAAGAGCGUGCUGGACAAGGAGGCGGGCGGGAGGCCGUGGUGCCAGCCCGACGUGGCGCCGGAUCGUUUCGGGGUGUACGCGCUGGCCAGAGGGACGUACAUGUACCUCAACCUGCUCGGCAUGCCCGCGUUCACCUUGGUCUCGGGAAUCUGCUCGCGCGGCCUGCUGCGCUGCGCGACCGACGACGACGGCGCCGGGCUCGCCGCGCGUUCCCGCCGCAUGGUCGAGUCCCUGGUGGUCCCGUACGUCGUGUGGCAGACGUUCUUCCUUAUUUACGGCACCUACGGCUCCAAAGAGUUCGAGCCCGCGCCCGCGCAUCCGGUGCCGUUCGUGUCCCCCGUGGGCGUCACCUGGUACCUCACCGCGCUCUUCGCCUGGCGCUGCUCGCUGCAGUUCAUCGCCAAGUUACGAAACGUGGUGGCCGUGACGUUCGCCGCGGGGCUCGCGGUGGGGUUCGUCGACACCCCGCGAACCGAGAACGGCGGUCUACCCUUCCUCGACUACCAGAGGGCGGUGGCGUUUGCGCCAAUCUUCUACGUCGGCGCGACGGUCCUCACCGAAGAUGUCAUGCGACGACUGACGGACGACGGGGACGGGGGGGCGUCCGCGGGGUGGGUUAAGAUCAAGCGCGCCUUCGCGUGGGCGGCGACGGCGGCGACGCCCGCGCUGUUCGCGAUCGCGUUUGCGUUUGGCGGCGGUUCGGACGUUGAGUCGCGGGGCAUCUUACCGGGGAUCUGUUUUGACGAGGCGCAGCGAUGGGCGUGGACGAUGGAUCCGUACGUGGGCGGCGUCGACGCGGCAGCCGGAGGAGGGAGGGGGGACGUCGAGCGAGUCGUCGGCGUCGCGGUCCUCCUGCGCCUCGCGUUCUACGCGUGCUCCGUGUCGCUCGCCGUCGCGUUUUUCGUAAUCGUCCCUCGUCGCGAGCGUUGGUACACCGCGCGCGGUUCGCGGACGAUGUACGCGUACCUGCUUCACCUGCUGGUCAUCAGGUCGUACGAGCUCGUCCGGGACGGGUGCGGUUUGAGGGAGCGGAUGCCGCUGUGGGCGAGCGCGGCGGUGAGCUUGGCGGCGUUGCCUAGUUUGACGAGCGUGGGUUUGAUGUCGGCGCGGUGUAAGGCGUGGACGCGUUGGGCGGUGGAGCCUGACUUUGGGCGGUGGCUGUUCCCGGACGAUCACGCGUGAGUGUGACGCGGGGUGGGGGGGCGGGGUGUGGGCGUGGACGAUGUCGACGCGACGCCUGGAGGAACGACGCGGUGAUUGCCGUCGAAGCGCUUACACUUUUAGCCAGAGCUUGUGAAUUUUUUAGUCGGGCGAAAGUUUGCC